GUUAAACUGCCGGUCAAGGUUUUGACAAUUGACAGAACAAUUGUCAAAUUUUGUAUAAAUCAUCCCAAAUCUUGUUGCAAAAAUGUCGAAAAUUAACGACGUUACAACUCUUUACAAACAACUCAAGUCAGAAUGGAGCAACUCAAAGCCAAAUUUGGCAAAAGUUGAGCAGUUAUUGUCGGAAUUAAAGCUUGAAUUAACACAUUUGAUGUUUUUGCCGACUUCGAAUGCGUCAGCGUCAAAGCAGGAGUUGUUAUUAGCAAGGGACGUUUUAGAAAUUGGGGUACAAUGGAGCAUAGCGUCGAGUAAUAUUCCCGCUUUUGAGAGAUAUAUGGCACAGUUAAAGUGCUACUACUUUGAUUAUAAGGAUCAACUCCCCGAAUCUUCCUUUAAAUAUCAAUUAUUGGGCUUGAAUUUGCUGUUUUUGUUGUCACAAAAUCGUGUCGCGGAGUUUCACACGGAGCUUGAACUGUUGCCUGCUGAACACAUUCAGAAUGAUGUUUACAUAAGACAUCCUUUGUCAAUUGAACAGUACUUAAUGGAGGGCAGUUACAACAAGAUAUUUUUAGCUAAAGGUAACGUGCCGGCAAAAAAUUACAACUUCUUCAUGGAUAUUCUACUUGACACAAUUCGCGGCGAAAUCGCAGUUUGUGUAGAAAAGGCAUACGAAAAAAUCUCACUCAAGGAUGCUGCAAGAAUGUUAUAUUUGCCAAACGAAGAAGCCGCGAAAACAUUUGGCAAAAAUAAGAAAUGGAAAUUGGGUCGCGACAAUUUCUUCCAUUUCGCACCUGAAGUCAAGAGAAUCACUGAGCCUAUCCCGUCGUGCGAAUUAGCUGAACAAGCGGUUGAAUACGCCAAGGAAUUAGAAAUGAUUGUAUAAUUUUUGGUAUUUUUUAAUUAUCAAUUAGAUUUUAAGUCACUA